UUAUUCUUAAUUAUGAGACGAUCACUCCAUAUCAAAUAUCCCCCUAGGCAUGAAAGGUGUUUGACGGCUGGGUAAUCGUUAUAACGCCGUUGUCAAAACCCGGGCUCUUUAGGCAAGCCCUAGAAAUUUCCCGCCUGCUGCUUGCUGUCCGAUCCCCAUUCGGUCCGAGAUGUCGGAGAAGAAGCGGCGCCGCGCCGAUCCGGGUCCCUCCGGCCCCACGGCGGCCACCAAAAAAUCGCGGGCGAGGGGGAGCUCCCACGCCCACGACCUCCGGAAGCAGCUGAAACCUGAUUCGGAGAUCCUCGCCUCCCUCCGUCGCAUGUACGACGAGGCCCAGUCCGCCGCCGCCUCCUCCUCCAAAACCCUUACCCUCUCCGACCUCAACCUCUCCUCCGCCUGCCGCGAGGUGUCCGACUGCGACGCCUCCUCUGUCAAGCUCGCCAUCGAGCGAGCCAUCCUCGACAUCGCCCGCUCCAUUCUCGCCGGCCGCGGCUUCUCCUUCGACGUGCCCUCCCGUUCCGCCUCCAACCAGCUCUACGUCCCCGAGCUCGACCGCAUCGUCCUUCGCGACAAGUCCUCCUCCCGCGCCUUCGCCAACCUCUCCACGGUCCGCAAGGCCACCAUCACGGCCCGCGUCCUAUCCCUCGUCUACGCCGUCCUCCUCCGCGACAUCCAUGUCACCAAGCGUGACCUCUUCUACACCGACGUCAAGCUCUUCCAGGACCAGUCCCAAUCCGACGCCGUGCUCGACGACGCAUCUUGCAUGCUCGGCUGCACCCGAUCCUCCCUCCAUGUCGUGGCAUCGGAGAAGGGUGUCGUCGUCGGCCGCCUUGUCUUUACCGAUGAUGGUGACCGCAUUGACUGCACCAAGAUGGGCAUCGGCGGCAAGGCCAUACCGCCCAACAUCGACCGUGUCGGUAACCUUGAGAGUGAUGCCCUCUUCAUCCUCCUGGUCGAGAAAGACGCCGCCUUUAUGCGGCUGGCGGAGGACCGGUUCUACAACCGAUUCCCCUGCAUAAUUGUCACCGCUAAAGGCCAGCCCGAUGUCGCCACCAGGCUUUUCUUAAAGAGGAUGAAGGCUGAGCUGAAGCUGCCGGUGCUGGCCCUUGUUGAUAGCGAUCCCUACGGCCUUAAGAUCCUGUCGGUGUACAUGUGCGGGUCGAAGAACAUGUCGUAUGACAGCUCGAACUUGACGACGCCGGACAUCAAGUGGCUGGGGGUGCGGCCGAGCGACCUGGAUAAAUACCAGAUUCCAGAUCAGUGCCGGCUGCCCAUGACCGACCAGGACGUGAAAGCUGGGAAGGACCUGCUCGAGGAGGAAUUUGUGAAGAGGAAUGAGGGCUGGGUGAAGGAGCUGGAGUCGAUGGUGAGGACGAGGCAGAAGGCUGAGAUACAGGCCCUCAGCUCGUUCGGAUUCCAGUACCUCACCGAGGUCUACAUGCCCCUAAAGCUGCAGCAGAAGGAUUGGCUGUAAGUUACUUCUCAGGUAUAUCUGCAAGAACUUGGAUUGAACUUGUGAAUAAGGAGGCUCUAUUGUUUGUGAGAGAGUGGGCCUUGCACUUGUGGUGCUUUAGAAAAAGAGGGCAUGGGAUCGAAACUAUUGUCUAAGUUUUUAAGUGACCUUCAGAAAUUGAAAAUGAUUCAGGUAUACCUUUAAGAGCAUGGAUUGAAACUUGUAAGAAGACUUUAGUGCUUACAUUAUGCUAUUUUGCUUUAGAGACAGAGGGUUUGGAGUCAACUAUUACUUUAAGCUUUCAGAUGAACCUUAUGAUGAUGUAUCUGGAAUUUUUACAACCUUCAUAACCAAGGCAUUAGUGCAUAUAGAAAUACAUAGUUUGUGAGAAGAUGGAUGAGGUUAUUCUCUUUCAUAAGUUGGAGAAUAUGGCACUUUCUUUUCUGGGAUUUGGUUAACUAUUCCCUGAGAUGGAGACUGGAAGAUAUUAUCAUUGUUCUCUGAUCUAGUAAAGGAAUAUGAGGAAGUGAUGAUUGUUUAUUCCACCAUGUUGUCAGAGAUGCAUGCAUAGGAAAACUAUUAGACUUGUACAGGGUGCGAAGUAGAAGACUGUAUAAGCACAUCCAAGUUUUAGUUGUUAUGGAUAUGAUUUUGCACUAGGGUUUGGGGUUGGUGUUCUUUUAGUUGAAUGUAGUAUCGAUGGUGGUUGAGUGGGUAUCACCUUAUGGUUCCUUUUGCUAAUAUGAUGAGGCACUGCAGAAGCUUAUUUACAGUAGCAUGAUUUUGAUUGUCAAUGGAAGCACAUCCAAUUGAUUUCAGGUCAGAUAAUGAGUUUGUGCAUUUUUCUCCAAUUGGAUGAAAAAUGUAUGAAGCAUAAAGUGUGAAAGUGUACAGGUCUUCUCUCAGUCAUAUUAAGGUGAUAUGAAGCUAGGAGCCUUAAGAGAGAACCAAGUUACCAAAUACUAGCAAUCGAGGAAAGGAUUUGAUCACCUCGUCAUACCUUGAGAAUUAUCAGAUAGAAAGAUGUGAUGUCAAAAGCCCUGAACAAACCAUUUCAUAAAACAUUUAGACUCAGUCUUAUUUUCAAAAUCUGAAGUUGCUUCCCUUCCAAAAUGAUCCAGCAAGUGUGUGCAUCAAUUGUAUCAAAACAGUUUAAUAGAUUUCUAGGCAAACCAGAAUGGCUAAAUAGAAAAUCUCACAAAUGGCAAUGCAAAAUAGGUGAGGUUUCAUAUUCUUCUUUUCCACACAAAUUGUAUAUGUAGUUCUAUCUGGUCUCAGUUUUGUUUCUUAAAAAAUGUAUGUGUUCAAAAUGAUGUUUCAAGUGGUCAGUUUGUUAGGCUGAGACUAAGGAUUGGGCUCUAUACUUCUAUUGCUAAAAUUUCUGUUACAUGAUGUUUUUGAGAAGUGUCAGUCAUCUGUACAUUUAAAGGGUACACCCUGUUGAGGCAAGGAGGGUGGUAGCCUAAAAUUAUUUAUGUGUUCGAACAAUGGAGCAUUGGCUAAAUUGCAGAUUUGACCUUUGAUUUCGAAGGAUGAGUACAUAUCCAUAUACUAGACCAAAUAUCUAGGAUUCAUGUGUAUUUUGGAUGCAAGCAAGUUUGUUCUAGAUUAUGAAAGGCAUGUGCUUAAUUUCUUCUUUUAUUAACCUUUUUUGUCUAUUAUAUGUGGCGUGUAUGUGUGGUCAUGCAUAACUGUAAAAAUGAUAUUGAAACAUUAUUCAACUUAAAAUAUGCUUUAACAAUGUUGAAGAGGGGGAUGCUUCUUAAGCGGUGAAAAUUUAUUAGGAAGAGUUUAAAGGAGGUAAAUUAGACAUUAGAAGUAGAUCAUGAAAAGUACUGCAAAUAAGAGCAAGGUUCAUCUUGGAUUACAGUGUUAAUGACCUGUAACUUAAUAGAACUGAAAAAGACACUCAAGCCAGCCAACAGGGAAGCCUGCUUGUGAAAGGCAGAAUUUUGUAAUUUCAUGCAAAAUAUGGGUAGGUAGAUUUCUUUUCUUUCAGUAUGUAGCAAGGCUGUUUUUAGUGGGAGUGGGCUUUCAUGGAGAUAGGCUGUCCUUGCCUUGUCUGGGACUUAGGGAGGCCUAUCUCUAUGAAGCUGCAAUUUAUGAUCCUUCUUGCAUUGAUGAGGGCUUCAUGCUGCCUCUGAUGAGAAGCAGAUAAUCGUAGAUGAUGUCUUUCAAUGAUGAAUUGGAUUUCAUAAAGUAAUGCAUCUGGGUAUUCCAUGACUCCAUGAGAGAACGAAAUAGGCUUUUCUUUUAAUCUUAUUUCAGAUAAGUUGAAACGAAGACCAGCAAAUGAUCACACUCUGGUUCCUUGAGAUACGUUUCUAGUUCUGAACUUGAUUGGAGAUUGUGGUGCCUUCAUUGGACUAAGAUUUUGGAUUCACUCAUAUAUGUUAUAGAUAUGGGCCUUUUCUUUUAGUGCCUUCUGGGGUGUUAGACUAGGCCCAAUAUGGUAGCCAUACUACUUGGACAACUUCAUUGGUGAUUUCUUUAUUUGGGAGUUGGAUAAUUUUAUAGCAACUUCAGAGAUCUGUGAUGUUCACAUGGUUUUCAUCUCAGCUGAUAUAUCGGUCUGUAUUAUAGUGCUGUUCAUGUCAAUUUUUUAGUGCCUGUCAAGAACCUCAUAUAACCAGCUGGUUUAUUAUUUUCUUUACCCUAAGUAGGUGUAU